AUAUCUGUAUAAGAAAUUCCCGAGUCACUUUAAGCUGAGGUAUCUCCUCCGCGCGACGAUGUCGGAGACUCGCCGGAAUCAAUCUAGCCAUGAACGAAUCGACAAAUCGGAGAUUCAACGCCAAAGACUUGUAAUUGAGAACAGUCAUGGUGAGAAACUCGUUGGAGUUUUGCAUGAUACGGGUUCUAUAGAGACUGUUGUCAUCUGCCAUGGAUUUCGGUCAUCAAAGGAUCGGAUUCCAAUGCUGACCAUUGCCAGUUUCUUUGAAAGAGCGAUGAUCAGUUCUUUCCGGUUUGACUUCGCUGGCAACGGGGAAAGCCAAGGAUCAUUUCAGUAUGGUAACUAUCGCCGUGAAGUUGAAGAUCUGCGCUCUGUUCUGCAACACUUGCGUGGGGUUAACCGUGAGAUUUCUGCGAUAAUUGGACAUAGUAAAGGUGGAAAUGUGGUGCUUUUGUAUGCAGCAAAGUACAAGGAUGUGCAGACUGUUGUGAAUAUCUCGGGCCGGUUUUUUCUUGAGAGAGGAAUCGAAGGCCGGCUUGGUAAGGACUAUUUCAAGAGAAUCAAAGAGAAUGGAUUCAUAGAUGUUAGUAACAGAAAGGGAAAGUUUGAAUAUCAGGUAACAGAAGAGAGUCUAAUGGACCGUCUCACAACCAAUGCUCAUGAAGCAUGUCUCUCAAUUCAUGAAAACUGCAGGGUCUUAACAGUUCAUGGGUCAAAUGAUAGGAUCGUGCAUGUAACAGAAGCGUCCGAAUUUGCCAAAUAUAUAAAGAAUCAUAAGCUGUGUCUUAUUGAAGGAGCUGAUCACGAGUUCACUUCUCAUCAGCAUCAGCUUGCUUCAAUUGUUCUCUCAUUCUUCAAAUUGGAUCCCAAGAAAGAUGAUGAGUCAGGAGAUAUCAGUACAAGUAACCAAGACUCCAUGAGAUCAGUUGUUACUAUUACAUCGCGAAUUUAAACAGCUUAGCUGAGUUAGUUGAUGUCUCAGGUGUGAUAAUAAACGGUUUGAUAAAUC